AUGUCUGAAUCUAUCUAUCUAUCUAUCUAUCUCUAUCUAUCUAUCUAUCUAUCUAUCUAUCUAUCUAUCCAAAACGAAUCUCUUCAUAAUCUAUCUAUUCAUCUAUCUAUCUAUCUAUCUAUCUGUCUAUCUAUAUCUAUCUAUCUGUUCAUUUUCUAUCUAUCUAUCUAUCUAUCUAUCUAUCUAUCUAUCUAUCUAUCCUAUCUAUCUAUCCGAUUCCGUCCUUACGUAUCAUUUUCCGUUCCUCUCUUUCUGCCUGUCUACUUCUUUCUUUCUUUCUUUCUUUCUUUCUUUCUUUCUUUCUUUCUUUUCUUUCUUUCUUUCUUUCUUUUCCCAUCCGAUUGCUAUCUAUCCAUUUAUCUAUCGGUUUAUCUCGAACCAGCCCUUUUUUUGCACAGAGUUUCAUCAACAGAUAUUUUCAUCAAUGUAUUUUUGGAAUUUCUGAUAUCUAUCUUUCUAUCUAUCUAUCUAUCUAUCUAUCUAUCUAUCUAUCUAUCUAUAUAUAUAUAUAUAUAUAUAUCUGGUAUCUCUUCAUAUUUUAUCUAUCUAUCUAUCUAUCUAUCUAUCUAUCUAUCUAUCUAUGUCAAUCUCUUCAUUGUCUAUCUACCUAUCUGA